AUGAUGCGCUCAGCUGGCCGUCAGCCAUAUGUCUGCUGGCAAUGUCUCUCCCGCAAAGAGGCAGGGCAGCACAUUGCCCUAAAUGCCCGUAAAGGCCGGGUCUCAACGCUGUCGACGCUAGCAUCGUCGCCGGCAUCAUCGCCAGCAGCAUCACAGCCAGUCCGGCAAUGGGGCAGCAUCACCCUCUGCCUCUCUCAUGAAAGGCGACAAGGUCUGUCCACUUCAAGGUUGCUACUCGGCAAGAAGACACCGAUACAGAUAUCAGAUGAGGCUCUGGAGGACUUCAGCUUGCCGUUGCCACAGGACUUGCAGUAUCUUCAAGACAGUCAACCAAUUGGAAAGAAAAGGUCUGCAAACCUGUCCAUUCGACAACGGUUGAAGCAAUGGGAAGCUGAGAAUCCAGAACCCUUUAACUCUAUACCCUCGGAUUUCGCCCUUCCAGGCCGGUCUAUCAACUCACUUACAUCAAAGCGAUCCGACCACAUGCUUGAGAUGGACAAUAUCGAUCAUGACAAUGCCACUGUCCAGAUCGAUGAUCAAGAUCUGAUCGAUACUCAGGUCACCCCUCGAGUUCAAGCCGGUGAUCUGUUGGAACUCAAGUCCGAGGACUGGGGCAUUGGCGUUCUCGCCGUCUGCUUGGGAUCCUUCAAUGGCAUUGAUCACUUCUACGCAGUCACUGGCAAGUGGUUUGCCAGCACCAACGCCAAAUCCGGUUUCAUCGUCAAGAACUUCAUCAGCAAUCCGGCCGAUCUGCAGCCCGUCAUUGAUGCACUGCCUUCAACCGUUGGUGAUAUGUCCGUCAUGUUUGAGCUCCAAAAACUCCGUGCAGGCCCGACCCGUGAGCACGGUGCCGGCUUAAUCACCAAGAUGCUCGAAUUUCAAAACACCUCUUCGGAGAUUUAUCAGAACAACCUUGAGCGCUUGAGCAGCCCUUAUCGACAUAUUCCUGAGGAAGAGCAGUUGAUGACGCUGGGUGAGAUUGCCGAGUUUCUUCUCCCUCCCAAGCUCAAGGAGUCAUCCGGCGGUUUCCCUCCAGAAGCCUUGUACGCAGUUUACACCGUCCUUUCAUUCGAAGAUGCUUUCUUCCACUCACUCGGCCAGGGCACCGCCGGACCAAGCUCAAUCAUCUUCCACGUUGCCGCUAAGUCUGAUAUCGAGAACGUCGCUCGGGUUGAGAGAAUGGUGCGCGACCACUACAGCCCCGAGCUCCUGGAUCGCAAAUCACGGAGGGAACACGAUAGGCUGGAACCGGUCUUGAAGCAGGCUCGGUUGGCCAUCGACCAUAGCCGGAAAAUGCGCGAGUGGUCAAGCCACGGAAUGCUCGGUCCCACCACCAGAGUCCUCCCGGCCUCGACUUACUCCUGGUCUCGGGAUGCUUUGACUGUCAUCAGCGUCAUUCACAUGUGGGCAGCCUCGGAUGUUUUCCCGCGGAGCUCAAAGUACCAGUGGAUCGGUGCCGCCGUCUUGCGUGCCCUCAGGAGAUACCAAGAUGCCGAGGUACUUGACGCUACAGUGGGUUGGACCUUCCUGCAAGAAAUUGGCUGGCUCAUGCCCUGGGAAAUCCAUGCCCGUCAUAGCCUGCGUCUUCCCGGCCUUCAGGUCAACCGGGCGGGCGGUUUACUGCCGAGCCCAGAGGAGCAACAGCCAGCUGAGCUUGCCGAAGACGUACUUGCCCCGCUCCGCCAGGAUUUCUCCGCCUCAACUGUGUACUGCAUCGAUGCUCCAGAUGCGAAGGAGAUCGAUGAUGGUGUUUCGCUUGAGAGAACAGACAAAGAGAGAGAGUACUGGAUUCAUGUACACAUUGCCGAUCCGACGUCGAGAAUCAGACCUGACAGUCCGCUCGCUAAGCGAGCAGCUCUCAUGACCCAGACCAGUUAUCUCCCAGGGCAUGUGGAUAAGAUGAUUUCAGAUGAAGCCGUCGUCGAGGAGUUCUCUUUGGCUCCCGGUCGUCCUUCUCUCACAUUCAGUGCGAGACUGAACGAGGAAGGAACCCUCCUUGACCACAAGGUCACUCCAGGAAGGAUAGGAGAGGUCGUCUAUAUCACCCCACAGGAUGUGGCGGCUGCGGUUGGGCCCGUGGACGCCGGCAUCCCCAAGGUUUCGAUUCCCGAUGUCGUCUUGGAAGUUGGCACCCCUCCGUCUGCCAGGGACGAGGCGCCGACAAGGAAGAUGACCAAAUCGGACGAAUUGUCGGAGCAGCAUGUCAAGGACCUCGAGAUUCUUUCCAAGCUCGCCGCCGCCAUUCACAAGGCCCGCGUACAAAAGGGAAGCGUGCCGAUCUUCCUCCCUUCCCCCAACGCUUCUUUCUCGCUGGAGAAUGCCCGCAUCGAGCAUACGCCCAGCGGUUUCCUCGCCUGCACCAACGACCCCUACAUCUCCGUCAAGUACUCCCUCAGCGGCGGCCUCCACCCCAUCGUGGACGACCUCAUGGGCACAGCCAACCAGAUCGCGGCCCUGUGGUGCUACGAGCGCGGCAUCCCCAUCCCCUACCGGACCAACCUUCUGGCCGCCCAGAACGAGGAAGCCCUCCGCGCCUACACCCAGGACGUCAUUUACCCGCAGCUGAUCGCCGGCAAGCAGCCCUCGAUCGAGCAGGCGCGCACACUGCGCAACCUGCUCGGCGGCCACGACAUCGCCGCCACGCCCACCUUCAUCUACACCAUGGGCGUGGACAUCUACACCAAGGCCACCUCGCCGCUGCGCCGCUACUCGGACUUGCUCGUGCACUGGCAGAUCCAGGCCGCCCUGCUCGAGGAGCACAAGCGCGGCUCCUCCAAGGCACUCGUCACCCGCACGUUCGACAAGUACGACCUCAAGCCGCCCAUGAACGACAAGCAAGCCGCCCGCCUCGGCCUCCCCUUCACCGCCUCCCACCUCGAAGACAAGGUCUUCCCGUCCCUGCGCGUGCGCGAGCGCCACGCCAAGAACCUGGCCAACUUUGAGGGCCGCAACGAGCUGAUCCUGCAGGCGCUGGUGCGCGCGUGGCGGUUCGACGAGGGCCCCAAGGGCCAGGUGCCGGACAAGUUCACGUAUACCGUCGUCAACACGCAGAACUCGUGCGUGCGCGGCAAGCUGAAUUACUUUGACUUGUGGGCGGAGAUCGAUCUGGAGAACCUGGCUGGGUUCAGCUUGCUCAGCGAUAUGAGGGCGGGCGAUGUGUUGACGGUCGAGCUGGCGGAUGUGAAUGUGCAUAUGAGAAAGAUUGUGGUCAAGCCGGUGGAGUUUGUGCAGCGCGGACCGGAGAAGAGGAGGGUGUUCGCUGAAGAAGAGCAGGAGGAGGAGGGGGGGGUAGAAGGCGGGGAGGAAUAUAUUGAUGUUACAGGGCAUGAGUUGUUGCAGCCUGAGGAGAGGUGA